CUGACGGAGCGCUCGCCCAAGCCAGCAUGCCGACUGCCCAUAGAUGGCGCCACUGCGUAUGCAACAUGCAAUAUUUCAUUUUUAUAGAUUUCCCUGCUUUGCUCGAAUAGGUAGGCAGUAGAGCCAGGUAGAUGCGUCAUCCUGGCUUGGGCGUGGUUGCCACGUCCACCCUAUGCAGAGGGUUGGCCACAUCAUCAUCAUCAUGGUGGCGCCCAUGAAAAAAACGGUCUAUAAACUGAACUAGCUGCUUUCUGCAAUCAUGAGCUUUUUCUCUCUUGUGUUUUAUUUUAUUACCUUAUUAUCUGUCGUAGGUGUAUCUCGGACAGGCGACAUCUGUGCCGUGAUGUGUUUUUUUUUUCUUUUUACCCUGACGGAAGUCGAGUAACAGUUGAUUCCGUUACGUCCCGUUUUCAACUGUGGCAGAAAGCGAUGAGGCAGGGCGAAGUGCACCCAGCGGACAAGGCAGGUGCUUUUCAGCAGCCACACGGCGGUCGAAGGCGAGCAAGCUUGCCUGCGGUAUAUUUUGUCACGUGUGUAGUGAGCGUCAGGGAGUUAACGUCGUGAAAUUACCGGGAUUCUUCUCUUUUUUUUUCCGCGGCGUCGGCUUAGCAAAGCAGAAGUCACUGGGUCGCACGGACACGGACAACGCAGAGGGAUCACGCGUCUCCUCCGGAAGCGGUGUUCGUCUCGUCCUCCUCGUUCCCUUUUCACGUACUUUUGGUCGCAGCGCCGUUCGUUCCAGGCCGUCUGCUCGUCGUCUCGAGUCACGUGGAUGCCGCACCGGCUAGGAGGACCUCGUCGCAACAGUGAAACACAAGUUGGUUCGUCUGUGUAAACAAAACACGCGCUUUCACAUCCAUGCGCUGUGGACGAAAACGAGCAAGCAAGCUUGCUGCCGCCGUACUUUGUUUUUCUCAUGCAGCGAAACAACCACAGGUUGCGAUUCGAGUCGGUAGACUAUACUCUCGCUCUAGCGAGCGCAAUAAAGUGUAAAUGCCUUUGGUUACGCUGCUCGCGCUGCUUCGACCCGUGACAAUGAUCGCCGAGGCGUUCUUCUUGGUGUUGUUACUGGCGCUGACUAUUUCAUUUUUAUGCGAUGUCUUGCUUGUACGUUACUUGUUGUAUCGCCUACUUGGGCCGGAGCCCCGCAUGCCUGGCACGCGUGGAGCCCCCGAUAAAAGCGACCACCGGCCGGACGAAUACCGUACGCGACCAUACUUGAUUGGCACAUUUUUACUGUGACGCAAUGUCCGAGUCUUCAAAACGCGGUGGCAGAACUCCAGCGUGUCGCCCUGCUAUAUGCGUUUGUAUGAUACCUUGCAUCGUCGGUUAGGCCGACGUGAGGAGUGUACUAGUUCCCGCAUUGAAGGACUCUGAUUGGACUAUUGUGUGCUGCAGAUGUUUCGAACGCUCUGACUGUGUAUACUGUGAAUCACAUGUUUUAUAUACGAUGGCAAGCUGUACGCACGAACUACUUGCAUGUUUCACUCCUUUCGUGUUUGUUCCUUUCUUUGUUUCACAUGCCCCUUUUUUUUUUGCUUCUGACGGCAGUUAUGAAUUGAAAAUGAGCGUGAUGUGUCCGUAUAGUUCGCACCAAGUUGUUAUUGAGCACAUGCUCUGUAGUGGAUCCAGAUCGACUACAGAGACUAUAGUUGCGCAUGUGCCGCCGUGCCCGUUGCUUUUGCCGCUCAGCUGGUCGCUCCAUCUCCCGAACGUAAUUCCGCACUGCGUCUUCUCUGCAUCACGACAAGGUAUGCAGUGAAGACGUAAAAAAAAAAAAAUGAAGCAACGCCCUGGGGAUUCAAAUUUAGCUUUAUCGUGAAUAGCAGUUUCGAGCUUUGAAAGCGGAGAAUGAACGCGUACGUUCGUUCGCGCACAAUUCGUUCGCAUCUGUGCUGCCGUGUCGAGGCUCGUGACGUCAGAGCCGCGCCACUCGGAGCCGGGGACAGAGAGUGGCUGUGUUCGCUCACAUACACAACGACCCAGUAAAGCUAUAGGGACGUCGCAUGGACUGCGCAGAGUGAUGCACGGUAGCUGAAGGGAGGUAAUUACUCCAGCAUGGUUGGGCGUAAGAUAGUGAGGGACUGCACUGAACCGGAUGCGUGCGCUUAGAAAAAAAAAAUUCACGGAGGAAAUAGUGUAUGAGCCGGGAAAGACUGAUUGAUUGAUGGGUUGUAACGUCUCAAAGCAACCCAAGGACCAUGCAACGUAUGGGAAAGUGCUUUGGCAUAAAAGCUACCGCUCAAUUUUCUUCGGUGCUCAAGAGAGCGGGCUGUUGGUGUCAUUUCACAUUGUGCCAUCAUUUUAUUCAUUCACUUUAAUCUUGGAGAGACCCGCGACAUAAUUUUUGUCCUCAUUUCCAGUUCCGUCGCAUUUAGUCAAUGAACCGAUAAGACAUCCUUUUCUUCGUUUUUCAAGCUGCAUCGCUACUUUAUAGUGUCCGAGGGACUACUUAGCUGUGCUUGUUUGGGUCUUUCUUUCUUAUUUGUGAUGGCGUUGUCAUUGGGAACGAGAAAAAAUAAAAAUAAUAGACAAAGAAGCUGCAAUUUGUGUACACUGGGGACAGUUUUCAAAACUGAAUUGCGAGCCAGUCUCGUCCGUCGUUGCACAGCACCGUCUGCUCGGAAAAUAAAAAAAAAAAAAAUGAAAGCAGCUGUCGCUGGCGAUGUAGGUGAUGGGAGUCGGAUCACGUGACGUUUCCGUUCCCGCCAGCUGCCAGUGCUUGCGACGUUAAUUCUGUACUUCAGAAAUGUGUUGCUCAAAGUCUCUAGACCAGACCGCCUACAGCUUAAUUCGACCGUACUUAAACACCACAACUGAUAAUAAUUUAGCCAGCUUUAGCGGCGCCGGAACGUCUUUUGUGUCUGCUCAGUUUUCGCGCUUGACGGACGGUGCUAUCUUGCGUGUUUCGAAAGCAGGCGGCUACCAUCGCAGGUAAAACGCGACGUCUGCUCUACCGACAGCGUCCAGGCUUGCCGCAGCUAUAGGGGCUGCUGACCGCGCCGUUGCCCAGCCAUGGCGGCUGGCUACGCGGUCAUGCGCAAGAACGGGGUGGACUCGGCCCGCAGCUGGCUGGUGGCGGUCAGCUGCUGCUGGAUCAACUUCUUCUCGGCCCUCAUGUACAAGUCGAGCGGCGUCGUCUACAUGGGCGUGCUGCAGACGCUCAACGUGUCCCGGGAGGAGGCCUCGUGGCCACUCACGCUGCUCGCCGUCUUCAUCUUUACGACCGCUCCUGUUGCAGGCGUUCUCGCCCUGUACAUCGACAUCUGGAAAAUCUCGCUGUGCGGAUGCCUCCUCUCGUCGAUCGCGGUGUGCCUCUGUUUCUGGGCCAACAGUGUGAUCCACCUCAUUGUCUGCCUGGGUGUCGUGCAAGGUUUCGCUCUCGGUCUGCUCACGCUGCACAAUGUGAUCAUCAAUCAGCACUUCGAGAGGCACCGGGCCACGGCUUCGGGGAUCAGCUAUGCGGGUCCCACGUUCGCCUCCAUCGUUUACCCCCCGCUCGUCCAGCUGCUGUUCGAGCAGUACGGACUGCGCGGCUCGCUGUUGCUCUUCGGCGGCAUCAUGAUGCACGCCGCCGCCGGUGCAUUCUUGCAAAUGGAGCCGAAUCCGCGGAAGGCGUCGUCGUCGUACAGGGUCGUUCCGCGGGACCCUUUGCCGGAAGACGCCGAGCGCUCGAAGCACCAGCUCGACAGUGCCGACAAACUCAAGGAUGAAGAAACGCCGGCACUGAAUCCACCCGACUGCGGUGCCAGCUUCCAGCGUGGCACCUCGGCGUCGGACCCGGCCGUGCGGGUGGAGACGGGUUGGAGGCGUCUCGCGGACGUGCCGAAUAUCCAGCGCAACGUGUCGGUGCUACUGGAGCCCAUGUUCUACCUGAUCUGCGCCUCGUUCGCCGCGGUGCUGUUCACCAUGACCACGUACCUGACCGUCGUGGUGGACUUCGCCGUGGACAACGGCGUGUCUCGGAUAAACGCCGUGCUGCUCAUCUCGGCCUACUCGGUGGCCGACCUGGUGGCCCGCCUGGGCUCAGGCUGGAUCUCGGACCGCGGUUUCGUGAGCCGGGGCAACAUGAUGGCCCUGAAUUUUCUCGUGGGUGGUCUGUCGCUGUUCGCCAUGCCUGUGUUCACGACGUACUCCGGGCAAGUGGCCAUGGCCGUGGUGUACGGCUGGGCCACAGGCUGCACCAUGAUCCUGGUGUCGGUGCUGCUCACCGAGCACAUCGGGCUGGACCGGCUGCCGGUCUCCUUCGGCGUGACGUCGUUCGUCGCGGGGGCGCUGUGCCUUUCCAGGCCUCCGCUCAUCGGUCACUACCGAGACGGCUCCGGCGACUACGAAGGCCUCUUCCACGUCGUCGGCGGCUUCUCGCUCUCUCUAGCGCUUCUCUGGUUCGUCGCCACCACAGCGCUCCGUUUCCGGCAGCGGCGGAAGUGACGUGCAGGAAACCGUUUCUUGCAUUUGAUAACGGACCGAAGCGCCACGUAUACCUGCACGACCACGGCAUCCUGAAAACGCGGGUGUUCGUUAUCCGGCAUCCAGCAGACGCAACGUGGCUUGCGGAUUUGAACCUUCCGUGUGUGCCUUGUAGGUGCUGCCCAAAGCUCUGGGCCAUUCGAUGUCACAAGUGCCGCUUGUGUAUCGGCGUGCCGUGUGCGAUGAACGGGAGACGAAAGAAGUACGUGAUACAUGGCUGUGGUUUAAGGGAAACGAGAACAGAGGUGCCAUAUACUUGUUUCUACGCUGCAUCUGCUGAAAGUAGAUGUUUGUUGUUGUGUUGAAGCAGCAGUGCGUUGUAGUGCAAGUAGCGACUCGGUGUCUUCUCCGCUUGCCGUGAAAAUGAAUCCGGCCACUCGAACGCGUGAUUGUAUGCGCAAGUCGACUGUCUUUUAUUGUUUUGUUUUUUAUUGACUGUGAAGUAACUGUUGUGACCCUUGCCGUUGGAGCAAAGGUAACGUUGUCUCCAAAACCUGUGAACUGCAUGGGAAACAAAUAUUUUUUUUUCUCUCCUUGAUGUUACAAGGGUGUCAUUCUCGUUAAGGAAAAAUGUACUGUAGACUGGGUGCAGUGUAUACGGUGUCACGGCACGGAACACAACAAAUACAGUGUUUGCCAAAAUUUUCAAAAACACCGAACGAAGUGGCAAGAGCGGUCGCAAAGCGAAGCUCAAGAGAUCGGAAUGAACACUUUGCCUCUACUUCUUGACCGUUGCAACCUGUCACUUUGCAGCAUAUCAUGGUCAUCAGUACACUUCCCGGUGAGUCACUGCACGCUUUUUAGAAAGAAGCGUGCAGUUUCAGGCGAAAGCUAUGCGUUUACUUCAAUGCUUCGUCCGCAGUCGCUUUCGUUAUCGGUUCACUGGUUGAAUCCAAAAAGUCAAUAUUGCGGCCGUAAUGGCUCGCAUAUCUGUGCGUGAUUCGUUAGUACCGGUGAAUUUGGGCAGUGUUGUCAUUACAUUUUUCAUUUGGACACUAAGAGAAAUUCUAAAUCUGCGUAAGCGUACUCUUCCGAAACUGCUUGGAAUUCGUUGACUGAAAAAAAAAUAUAUAUAUAUUUAUUAGCAGAGAAAACAGACCAGAAGUCUCCUUUUGAAUUUGCGGCAACGGGCCGCGGUGUCGUUUACGUCAGUGUUAUACCACCUAUUUCGCGGUUUUUGUUCUCAUAGAGAGAGAGAGAGAGAGAGAGAGAGGGCUCUUUAUUAGAAAAACAGAGAAUUUUGCCGGCGCGUAUAUAACCGCUGGCAUGCUACUCUGUAUAGGGAUGGGGAAUGGGAUUAAAAGAUUCCAGAAAGGAGUUGGAGAAAAAAAGGAUAAAAGUAAAUAUGAAAUGUCCGAGUGGACCUGAUACUAAUAUUUACAGGUGACAUGGCGGGUAAAUUUAGGCUUUUGUAUAGGAAGGAUGCAAUUUUUAAAGCUUUCCUAUUUGACCAAUUUCUGUCAGGUAUUUGAACAAUAAAUCCAAAACCCGUCGCUGUUUCGAAGGGCCGGGCAUUGGACCUUAGAUGCUCGGUAACGUUAACGGUUCGUGGCAAAUCAUGUCCAUUUGGUGCUAAAAAAAUUGUCUCUCGUCGAGGUACGCGGGGCAUUCUAGUAAUUCUCAUAUUUAGCCGUUAUACUACAGGCAAAGGCCUGAAAUUUUGCCAUGUGUAGCCUGUGCAUCAACGUUCAAGUGCAAUGAAUCUUCCUUUGUUGAGAAUCGCAUUACUGGCACCGAGCAGGUGUCGUCGCUACCCGUAGUUAAUUCUUUCGCCUUUUCUAUGCUUACGAUCGCGACGCCUCUGAUCACGGCAUGAAUCGCCUCUUCAGUAUCCCAGAUGGAUACAGGGUGCCAAUCUUAUGGGUGCCUGAGUCAUACGGGUACAGGGUACACGUUUCAGAUGGGUACAAGAGUAUUAAUGGGAUACAUGUCUUUGGUGUCCCUUGACUAUCAGCCUACGCCAACACACUACCUGUAUCCGCCGCGAUGGCCUAUAGCGGCUUUGGUGUUGCGAUGCUAAGCCCUUGGGCGCGGGAUCGAAUCCCAGCCUUUUCGGCCGCGUUUCGAUGGGGGGCGAAACACAAAAACACCCGUGCGUCGUGCAUUGGGUGCGCGUGAAAGAACGCCAGGUGGUCAAAGUUAAUUUGGAGUCUCCCAUUGUGACGUGCCUCAUAAUCAUAUCGUGGUUUUGGCACGUGAAACACCAGAUUUUUUUUUCUUUUUACACACUACCUGCAACGCGAGCGUACGUCUUAACCUUGACAAUCUCACAAUGGCGGUGCUGUCGAAGCUUAUGACCAAUUGAGAAACUGUUUACGUUGCUACACAGGCGUAUUAUAUGAACCGAAAAACUGCACGUGCACCGACAGGGGCCUGACCAUCGUUACUGUUUCUAUGGAGACAGCACUCGGUCACUGCCGUCAUGAUUGCCUGUUGAAUCCGUUGUAAUUGUAGAAAAUGUAUGUUUGACAAACAGAUUUUCAGUUCAGUUCAUAAGCGACUGUUGUGCCAUUGCUCACAAGCGCCUCCGGGAUUUAUACGGUUAACUGACCGGCGUAGUAUAAAGCUUAUCGAGCUCGUAUUGUAAUGGCAUGUUGUGUAGCGCAGCAAACACAAGGACGCAAGUAGGAACGAAACAUGGGGUACAAGCGCUCGCGUCCGUGUUUCGUUUCUUCUUGUGUUUGCUGCGCUACAUUGCAUGCCAUUCUGCGGCGAUCAACGAACAAGCCUACAUCGCCGCUCUCGUAUUGUAAUAUAGCGACAUUGCGCCUUUUCUUCUAGCAAAACAUAUGCAGUAUUUUUUCAUUUAGCUUUUGAGCCCGAAGCGGUGAAUGGUCGCGACAACUUCCUGAAUGUCUUCUCUGACUUGCACAAGAGUGUGUGUACCUUGUAUCUGCUCUCUUGAGUAAGCGCGUGUAUACGGCUUCUUCAGCUGUGUACAAUAUACUCGUAUACAGACUGUUGUGUUGCUGUGAAUACAUCUUUUCCGAGUAUCCGGCUGCGCAUACCCGAGUUACUGCCGGGUCUAACGCCUACACAUGUAAGACGUGUUUCACACGUCUUUGAAUGAAGCAGGGAAGAGAGAGAGAGAGAGGCUAUAAUUUAACUUAGAUCCGGCUUGCGGGUGGCUGUGACAAGUACUAUGAGGAGGGGAGAAAUGAUGUGUUGAUGUUAUUGACUUUGGUCACCAAGUAUGUGUCCAAUAUUGUUCGAUUCUCCAGGAUGGAUUCGCCACUGUGACGCAAGGGUUAUGACGCCUAGACUACAUUUAAAUACGUGUCGUGCUUCUCUUUGCCCAUGCACCUCUCAUCAGCAUUCUUCCCUCGACAAGCAUCAUACAUCGACAUCGUCGUUGUGGCACAGAACAGCUGACAGCUGCAGGCGACGAGACUGCGAUAUCAUGUGCUACUGCUGCUACCUCGCUAAGCUCAAACGAACUUCGUCAUUUAAAUUCCACUGUUGUCAUGGGUGUGCGCGGACUUCUUUCUAUCCAUUUCUUUCUUUUGGCACUCGCGCAUAAGAACAAACAAACAAACAAACAAACAAACAAACAAACAAACAAACAAAC